GUGUGCAGCGCACUUCUCAUAAUGUUUGGUUUUCCGGAUGGAAUGUCCACAUCACUGGGAUCUCCGGGAAAGGGAGAGGUGAAAGAGUAGCGGCGAUUUAUUCUCUGAGGAUUGUUUUUAAACAGGACAGAGGCCAACGGCACAGCACAGACUCAAGUUCCUCAUUGUGAAGGAGCGAGAAUACCAGCAGAUUAAGACAAAGAAAAGUGGAAAAUUAUUGACUGAAGGAUGAGCUCACCAAGCUGAAACUGGUCGUGGUGGAGCAGCUGCUUCUGGGCGAGGAGCCGCGGCGCUGCGUCCAAGAACUGACCGUCGCCACUGACCACAUCGAGCCGGGGGUCGGCGCCGCUCUCCCUGGCCCAAAGGGGAAGGAGGCGCUCGAAUACCCACAUCGCAAUCUAGUCCCCCGCCAGAGCCAGGACGCCAUGACGGCGCCGGGCCUGCUGUCAGAGGUGGAGCUACUGAGGCGGCGGGUUGUGGAGAUGGAGGGAAAGGACGAGGAGCUGAUACGCGUGUGGGACCAGUGUCGGGACCUGGACCGCAGCCUGUCCAGGGAGAGCAGCCACUGCCGGAGCUUGAAAGUGGAGGUGGACAAACUCAACAGCCGGAUCAGCGAGCUCGACCGGGUGGAGGAGAAUCUGGGGCAGAGCAGGCAGGACUGCAGCAUCCUGAAGGGCAACUUGGAGCGAGAGAGAGAGGUCGCCAAGGGGCUGGCGAACGAGCUUGACGCCCUGAGAGCCAGGGUGAGAGAGCUCGAGGCCGCCGAAGGCCAACUGGAGAGGAGCGAGGCGGCGAUCAGACAGGACCUGGCCCAGCUGAGGUCACUGACCGCGGCGCUGGUGGAGGACAGGAAGGCCAUGGCCGAGAGGCUCCGACAGGCCGAGGAGAGACUCAACAAGAAGGAGGGCCGGACAAACGAGCACAGCAACACGGCGUCGACGGCGGAGAGGCAGCAGGCGCUGAGGUCUAGGGCCGAUCUGGAGGAGAGGAUUACGGUCAUCACGAAGGAAAAGUACGAGCUCCAGGACAGACUGAAAGCCGAAGGGGAGAAGAACGGAGAGCUGCAGAGCAAAGUCGCCUUGAUGAAGAAAAGGCUGCAGAUCCUGGAAAACAGGAGGGAGAAAGAGAAGUACACCCACGGCUCCAUCCCAAACAACGUCGAACACCGCAGCCACACUGAGGACAACAAGGUCAAAGAGCUGACCCUGGAGCUGGAGAGGUUGCAGAAGAGACUACGGGAGAAGGAGGUGCUGGAGGAAGAGCUAACAAAGGUGGAAACCGACUUUGAGGCACUGCAGAAGCGCUUCGAGAAGGAGCAAGAGAGCUGCUGGGCUCUGACGGGGGAGCUAGAGUCGGCGAAAAGGGAGCUAGCCAGGUACGAGCAGGCGGAGAAACAGGAGGUCAACCAGGAGCACCUGCUCCUCUGCCGCCUUCAGAAGGAGCAGGUCAAGUCCAGGCUGCUGGGCCGAGAGGUCGACGCCCUGAAGCAGAAGCUCCAGAAGCUGACGGGAACCGAGGAGUCCAUCUGCAGGGUGCGGACGGACCACUCGGCGCUGCAGAGGAAGCUCAGCCAGCAGGAGGCCAGCAACCGAGAGCUGGCCCGGGAGAUGGAGGAGCUGUGCGGCGAGCUGCACCGCCACGGGCAGACCAAGAGGCUUGCGCCCGGCGCAGACACAGAGCGCCCCCGCCGGACCUCCCGGGAGGUUCAGACCGAGCGCGGGGAGGACGAGGAAGCGAGCAGCGUCAGAAGGAGAUCCCUGGUCAACAGCCUGAACAGCGGCAGCAACAUCAGCCCGUACAGCGGCCGGGCCGAUCCGAACCCGGCGGCCAACGGAGAGGUGAUGAUGCUCGCGCACACGCCGGGGCAGCCCUUGCAGAUCAAAGUGACGCCGCAUCACGUCCUCAACACAGCCACCCUGGAGAUCAGCAGCCCCAACGGCGACGCGGCGGCGUCCUACACCAGCACCGCCGUCAUUCCGACGAGCGGGGCCUCGCCGAAACAGAGAAUCACCAUCAUCCAAAACGCCGCUUUGUCCACGGUGGGCGGCAGGACGCCGCCUACGAGCCCCGACCGCACCGCCGUCGCCCCACUCGACGGCGGGCCCUUCUCCCGGGCACUACGGCCAAACUCGCCGGGCUCAACCGCGCACGACCACGGCGGCUCCCCCAUUCAGGUUGUGACCGUCAGGACCUGCUCUCCGGAGACGCCGGAAUGCUGCGAGACGCCGGAGCGGCACAACAGCUGGCAACGCGGGCGGUCCGGCAGCGGCGACGCGGGUCCCGGUGUCAUCGCCGCAGAGGACAAGAAGAUCCACAUCCACCUGGGGAGCCCGUACGGCCCGGCUCUGAGCGGGGGGACUCCCGGCGCCCCGCAGCCCGUCGGGCCGUACUACCUCCGACACGAGCAGAGGACUCAGGUGCUCGCCAAUGGCUGCCACGUCAAAGGCGUGGGCACAAUUACGAGCAGCAUCACCAUAUCCCCCGCUGCCUCGUCAGCGGCACAUUCCUCCAACAUUACAGUGAGUGGCCUCUUCGAUUAGGAGAGAAUGUGCUCGACGUGCUGCGCCGUGUCUUCGGCCACACUGCAGGACCAGACGAUUGAAAACAAUUCAUGAUGGGAACCCGCAAAGGUUUCUGUGUUUUAUAACAUUUAUGAAAUAAAUGCUUUGCAUUUUUCCCAUAAGGGCCUCUCCUAUUAGAUCUCGUUAGUGUCUACGUGACAACCAUUUAUUGACUGUACGAGCAAAUGCGUGAUGGGUGUUUUCCAUCUUCUGUUUCAGCGAUGUUUAUAUGCCGUUUAUUAAAAAUGCUUGUGUUGAUUAUA